CUCGGCUCCAAGGUGCUGUUCCUGUUGCACACGCCUCCACGACUGCAUUCACUUAGCCUCCAAACGAGCCUUACUGUUUCCGUGCUGAUUUUUCUUAGCUCUUUGCUGGAAUCAUCUACGCUCCAUGCUGCUUUGCUAGUCCUUCGACGUUGGAAGUUGCUUGCUACCGAACCCGGAGACCGUCCAAGUCGGAAUGCCUCCAAGACGGUUCUCACUGUCUGUCAAUCCGCAGUGGACGCAUUAUGUCUCCAUAGCAUCUCUUGGAUUGGCUCUAUUGCUGGGGCUUGUGCGCUACUUUGUCAUCGACCGUGCAGACCCAUCGCAUUGCGAUGCACUCUUGACGGAGGGACAAUGGUUGGAUGACAAGUUCAAAAACUGGCAGCCAGAAGGCUGCAUGAUGCACACCUAUGGCUCCAAAGACAUCCCAACAUGCAUGCGCGACCGGCGAGCUGUCUUCAUCGGCGACUCAGUUACUCGACAACUGUUCUUCCAGUUCGCACACACCGUCGACUCCACACUGCCUACCACACCUUCGGAUGACGAGCAUAAGCACGCGGACUACACCUAUACUGCCGCCUCGUCCUCCGUGCACCUCUCCUUCAUCUGGGAUCCCUACCUCAACUCUUCGCAUGCGCAAUCCUACAUCAACCCCGUCCCCAGCGGACCCAGCAUGCCCUCCCUCACGGACGCACCCGACCGGCCCGCGUUACUCGUCCUCGGCUCAGGACUCUGGUACCUCCGCUACGCCGAGUCCGGUGGGCUGCCCGCCUGGGAGGCCAAGAUGGAGAGCACACUGAGCGCACUCAAUCGCGUGCACGCCCCGCCCGCCGACACGGUCGUCCUCCUGCCCGUGUCCGACGUCGUCUCCACGAAGCUGUCGCGCGAGCGCGCGGAGACGAUGCGCGGCGCGGACAUCGACGCGAUGAACUCGGACCUGCGGCACCGCGUGCACCCGCCGCCGCCCGCGGGCUUCUCGCUCCUGCCUGCGCCACCCGUCCGCCGAGGCGGGUUUGGCGACCCUCCCGUGGCGCUCCCGUUCGUGUUCAAUGCGAUGCUGGACGCGAGCCAGACGGAGGAUGGGCUGCAUUUCUCGACCGCGGUGGUGGGCAUGCAGGCGCAGGUGCUGCUGAACUUGGCGUGCAAUGAUGUGAUGCCGAAGAAGUUCCCGAUGGACAAGACGUGCUGUAGAAGGUACCCUUGGCCGAGUCCGCUGCACUCGUUGGUGCUUGCCGUUGCGGUGCUGUGGGGACCUGCAUGCGUGCUGCUCGCUAGAAGAGUUGCUCCGCGACCUAACGGGGCACCGUUCAUCGGGGAACAGGAGAUGCCUGCUGUUGUCAUGAGCGUGGCUGCCGCGUUGAUAUACUUGGCUGACCGAACCGGGUUCUGGUUGAAGGAGCAGAAACAGUUCAGCCCAUGGGUGUUCUCGUUCCUCUCCCUGCUGAGUCUUGCCUUCGGUCUGUGCACAAUGCAGCAAGCUGACAAGGACCUUGGCUUCCUGAACCGCGAGCAGACCGACGAAUGGAAAGGCUGGAUGCAGAUCGCUAUCCUCAUCUAUCAUUAUACCGGGGCAUCGAAGAUCUCUGGCAUUUACAACGUCAUUCGCGUCUUGGUCGCCUCUUACCUCUUCAUGACCGGAUACGGUCAUACGACCUUCUACAUCAAGAAAGCCGAUUUCGGAUUCUUGCGAAUCGCUCAGGUCAUGAUCCGACUGAACCUUCUUACCCUCCUUCUUGCAUACACCAUGAACACUGACUACCUCUCCUACUACUUCGCACCCCUCGUCUCCUGGUGGUUCCUCAUCAUCUAUGGCACGAUGUUCGCUGGCUCGCAAUACAACGACCGCACUGCCUUCGUCCUGGUCAAGAUCUUGCUCUCAAUGGGGUUCUUCACCUGGUUCAUGUCCGAGCAGUGGAUCCUCGAGACCAUUUUCGACUUCCUCUCUCGCGUAUGUGGGAUCCACUGGUCCGCGCGCGAGUGGGCCUUCCGCGUGAACCUCGACAUGUGGAUCGUCUACUUCGGCAUGCUCGCCUCGCUCGCGGUCAUCAAGAUCCGCGAGCACCGGCUGACCGACCACCCGCAGUGGCCGCUCGCCGUCAAGGGCGCCAUCGGUCUCUCAGGCGUUGUCCUCCUGUGGUUCUUCGCGUUCGAGCUGUACCAGCCAGACAAGUUCGCGUACAACUCGUGGCACCCCUACAUCUCGUUCCUCCCUGUCGGGGCGUUCAUCGUGCUUCGGAAUGCGAACGUGAUUCUGCGGUCGGCAUCGUCAAGAGCGUUUGCGUUCAUCGGAACGUGCUCGCUGGAGACGUUCAUCAUCCAGUACCACCUUUGGCUUGCGGGAGAUACCAAGGGCGUCCUGCUCGUCAUCCCCGGCACGCGUUGGCGACCAGUCAAUCUCAUCCUCACGACGAUCGUCUUCAUAUACGUCUCCCAUCGCGUCGCACAGGCCACAGGCGAGAUUACGAACUGGGUGUGCGGUUCAGCGAAACCUCAGGCACUCCCGACGGUAGCGGACAACAGUGCUAUGUCUGGCCGGCGCAGUCACCUUCCAACGCCGGCGAGCGGGGGCGAGACGAUCUUCCUCGUGCAGCAAAACGCAGAAGCUUUGAAGGACGAGGAGACGCCAGGCGCAGACACGCCUUCGCGCCCACAACGACGGUGGGUCGACCGGCUCGCGGAGAGCACGUCGCCAUCCACCCCGUCAGCUCCUGGCUUCAGGGUGUGGUAUGGGGAGACGGAGUGGAAGCCAGGCGUGAAGACGAAGCUGGGCAUUGCAGCAGUCGUGCUGUGGUUGCUGAACGUAAUGUGGCCAUACCCAUGA